CAACAAUUAUACAUAUUCAGAUCAGUAUGGCCGUAGAUGAACCCCAAGUUGUGGCCAUCAAAAUCAAAACAGAGCCCAUCGUCAAGCCCAUCCAGUUGGUUGACAUUGGAUUCCUGCAGCGAGAGUCCACCUAUGUGAAUUGUCCUGCCUGUGAGCGCGCAGGAUCGAGUGUUGUUCAACUGGAGGCUGUCACUUGUCUACAAAGACUGCUGGGCCUUACAAAGCUCUUCAAGACUUGGCGUGGACGUACUGACAUAAAUCACUACUGCAGCAACUGUGGCUGCUAUAUAGGCCGAUUUGUGCCUGUGGGCUGCAGCGAGCGAUGCAUUUCGCGUUCUGCCAAACGCAUGGCCGCCGUGGAUGACAUGACGCUGAAGACGAAGCCGAGGGAUUGUGCGCAAACCGUGCAGAAGUCCCGCGAACGCGUGUUGGCCAAACGUGCGCAGGAGCGGGCCGAGAAGCAGGCUAAGAGGGAACAACAACAAACUACAGUCGUGACUGUCGAACUGGCGCCCCAAGCAAAAGCUUAGCGAGCUUAACGUUGGUGCAUGCCACGACUAAAAGAAAUCUGCCACAAAUAAGCUUUUCACCACCAAGCUUUGGCAAUAAUCAGCUAGAGCCGGGUAUACAUAUAUUAACAAUAAAUUUC